UCGAGUGGGCGAUAGAUUAUUUGGCUCGAUUCUUUCUUUAUUUUUAUUGCAAUGAAAUAAGAAUAUCAUUUAAGGUGUAAAUCUAAAGUAUCGUUAAUACUAAACCUUUAAAAUGUAAAUGUGUCUUUGCAAUUAAGUGUGCAGAUCAAGUAAUCGUCAAAGAGUGUACAGUACAGUAAAUAGUUCAUGAUGAGUGUCAGGCGGCUGUCAACUGUGUUCUGGGCGACAUGCAUCAUGGCGUUCAUCUUCAUCCUGUACGUGGUGACGGACCUGAGCUUCAAGCUGCCGAGCAUCAAGCCGGCUAUGCAGGAACUAGAUGAUAGCAAAUGGUCCAUGUUUGAAUCAAAACUCCGGCACAUAGAGGAUGAAUUAAACCAACACCACGCGGUAGUCGGUGAAAUCAGAUCAGCCAUCGAUCAAAUCGGGGACCAUCCGGAGCUCCCCAAGCGGGUUGAUCCGCAGGAGAAUGUUCUGCAAAUACCGAAGCAUAAGGAAGUGCAAGUGCCGAAACAUUCUGUAAAGGAUAGAGAGAUGAAGGAAUUUAAGGCAGUGGUCGCUGAGCCGCCUAAGAUGAGGCCGAAGUUGAAUGAGUCUGGCUGUCCCAUGCAGAAGCAUGUCACGCCAAAAACGGAUGUACAGAUGUUAUCAAUGUACGAUAGAAUAAUAUUCGACAACGAGGAUGGUGGUGUCUGGAAGCAGGGCUGGAAGAUCGAAUAUGAUGAUAAGCAAUGGAGCCAGAAAAAUAAGCUUAAAGUGUUCAUCGUGCCGCACUCACAUAAUGAUCCAGGAUGGUUGAAAACCUUCGAGAAUUAUUACAAGACGCAGACGCGAGCGAUAUUCACCAACAUGGUGGAAAAGAUGGCGGCCGGGGUCGGCCGGAAGUUCAUCUGGGCGGAGACAAGCUUUCUUGCUCUGUGGUGGGACAACGACGCCUCGGAUAAGGAGAAGGAUAUAUUUAAAGGCCUCCUAAAAUCCGGCCAAAUCGAGAUCGUGACCGGCGGCUGGGUGAUGAACGACGAAGCCAACUCCCAUUGGUUGUCCAUCAUCCAGCAGCUCACCACGGGCCACCAAUGGUUGCUCGACAACCUUGGCUACACGCCCAGAAACGCGUGGUCCAUAGACCCGUUCGGAUAUUCCAGUUCACAACCCUAUUUGCUCAAGUUGGCUGGGUUCGAGAACUCUAUUAUACAGAGAGUGCAUUAUAGAGUGAAGAAGGAAUUAGCGCUGAACAGGCAGUUGGAGUUUAAAUGGAGGCAGUUGUGGGAUGGCGUUGGUAAGACUGAUAUGUUCACUCACAUGAUGCCAUUCUACUCCUACGACGUUCCUCAUUCGUGCGGACCUGAUCCCAAUAUUUGCUGCCAGUUCGAUUUCAAACGUCUACCAGGAAAUGGCGUCACUUGCCCGUGGGGUACGGCGCCUAGAAAAAUUAUACAAAAGAACGUCCAUGAGAGGUCGCAACUGAUCCUCGACCAGUGGCGGAAGAAGGCCCAGCUCUACCGCAGUAACGUAGUGUUGUUCCCACUGGGCGACGAUUUCCGCUUCGACCGCUCCAACGAGUGGGACAACCAGUACCAGAACUACGAGAUGAUCAUAGACUAUAUUAAUAAUAACGAGGCUUGGAACGCAGAGAUACAAUUCGGAACUCUCCAAGACUACUUCAAGGCUUUGCACGAAGAGAUGAAGUUGUCCGACUUCCCCGUACUUUCUGGGGAUUUCUUCACGUAUGCGGAUAGGAAUGAGCACUACUGGAGCGGGUACUACACGUCGAGGCCCUUCUAUAAGAACAUGGACCGCGUCCUGUUGGCUUACGUCAGAGCAGCUGAUAUAAUAACGGCCCAAGCGGCAUCAUCCAACUCAGUCACCAAUAUCAUGUCGAUAACUUUGAGAGACAAGGUGGAGUCUGCGCGCCGAGCGCUGGCGCUGUUCCAGCAUCACGAUGGAGUCACCGGUACUUCGCGGGACGAGGUGCGCGCUGAUUACGCGGCCAAAAUGCUCACAGCCAUCAAAUACAGCCAAUCCGCCAUCCAACAAGCGGCCUACUUCCUCCUCAAACAGCCUGACAUCCUCGACCAAACUCAAGAAGACGUGUUCUUCGAUGUGGACGACAUCUGGCGGCAGAAGGACGAGAUUCCGUCGAGGAUCACUAUGACGUUGGACCCUCUGUCGUCCUCGAGACGGGUGCUGCUGUAUAACUCGCUGGCGUUUAGACGACAACAGAUACUGACUGUGUUUGUGUCUACGCCACAUGUCGAGGUAUUCGAUCCAGAAGGGAAACCAAUAAUGGCCCAAGUGUCACCAGUAGUAUCCGGCGAGAAGCGGUUGGCAUUUGCCGCGAAUAAGUUCCAACUGUCCUUCCCUGUUACUGUGGAACCUUUGGCCAUAACUACCUACACCGUGUCGCUACGGGACACCACUAGCAUUAACAAAUACACGGCCUUCUCCCGCGUGCGCGUAUACAACGCGGACUACUGGAACAUCGACCUGCCAAAGAUGUUCGCCAUCGAUCAACCGACCGCGCGUCUCAGCGAGGACGUCGCGUUUCAAGCAGGCAACGGCACUAGAGUGGUUUCCAAUAUGAACGGACUGAUUAAGGCUCUAGUCACGCCUAAUGGAGAAACUAUGCCGGUCCAUAUGGACUUUGUACAAUACGACUCCAUGCAAGCACCAGACAACAACAGCGGAGCAUAUCUCUUCAUCCCAUCCAAGCCAGGAACUGUGUUCCGAAAGGACGCCUUCCCGGAACUGGUCAUCACGGAGGGACCUUUCAAAGCCACUCUGUACACCGGCCUGAAUGGACCCAACUCUGCUGAGAUCGUGCUGGCGAUAUCCGUGUUCGACAACCCAUCGCUACCGCAGACCGAAGUUGAAAUCUCCAAUACGUUCCUGAUCGACCCGCAGGUCAACGACCUCGAGCUGGCCAUGCGAUUCUCGACCUCCAUCAAGAAUAAAGACACGUUCUAUACGGACCUUAAUGGCAUGCAGAUGAUUAAACGUCGCUAUUUCGAGAAGCUGCCCCUCCAAGCGAACUUCUACCCGCUACCGGCCGCCGCAUACAUCGAGGAUACUGACGCGCGCCUGACGCUGCUCACGUCAACGCCGCUCGGCAUGGCCGCGUUGCAACCUGGACAGCUAGAGGUUAUGCAAGACCGACGUCUGAGCAAAGACGACAACCGUGGAGUGAACCAGGGUGUACUCGACAACGUGCGGACUAGACACACCUUCCGCCUCAUAUAUGAGAAGGCCAACAAUCCUUGCCUGCAAAAGCAUUCCCCCGAACACCCGAGCGGUCAGCUGACCCUCGGCGCGCACGUGUCAGCGCAGACCCUGCUGCACCCGCUCGUGGCCAUGCAGUACUCCGCGCGGACCGGAGCAGCCCUGCCCGCCUACAGACGAGCGCGGACCAGCGCCGCCGACGUCGUGCUAGCGGAGUUCAGUGCGCAUGUCUCCGCCAAGAAGAAAGACGGCAAGACAGUCCGCGGCAUGGGCAUGACCUUCCAGAGGGUAUACCUGGAUAAGUGCUACGGGAACCCGGAGAUCGCUAAGUGGUACCCGACCAGCGAAGGCAUUAUCCAACUAUCAGACAUGGUAGACGCCGCACCAGAGCAAAUCUUCGACAGCUCCCUAACGUUCACCCACGUACGGAACCCCGUGCCCGACGGUGCCCUCACGCUCUGCCCCAUGGAAAUACGGUCUGUCUUCAUCAACAAGACUUUGAAACAUGGCUGAACUGUAACACCCUGACAGAAAACGCGUAAGGACGGUUGGUUAAGAGGAACCCAUAAUCAUAGACUAGGAAUCCUCUAGACGGAGCUUAGAAUAAUUGGCUACUUUCCUACUAGUCAAAUCAGCUUCUUUUUUAGAACUGUCAAAACGAUUUGCUAAUAUCGAAUUUAUAUGAAAACGUGUAUAAUAACGUCACGGUCAACUCACCAACUUUUAAUAUUUCAGUCCGAUUUAUUAAAUAUAAAUUGUGGUUAAAAAUAUGUAACUGCUAUCAUUGUUUUUCUAAUAAUUGUCUGUUGUUUUAUUUCGUGCACAGUGUGAAAUAAUUUAUUUGAAGUAGAGGAAAGCACCCAAUUAUUUCAUGAUACCGAUGCUGCCAAAAAUACAAGGGUGAGGGGGACGAGGUGAGCGAGUCCCGUGCAGUGAUUGGUCCGUUCAAAGACACGGGCGUCACACAAAGACGCUUGACUCGAAAAUGGAGUAAAACUACCGUAUAUUUGUGGCAGAGGGGGUAGCGCUACUAUGCUCAGUCUGGAGGAUGUCUUGUCUGUGACCCUGACAGAAAACGCGUAAGGACGGUUGGUUAAGAAUAUUAACCCAUAAUUAAGCAAGGGGAAUAGAUUUACCACCUUUUGAACUCUAUCUCCUUUAGAUAAGGUUCAAAAUCUAAAACAACUCACGACCUCGAUCCUAUUAAGGAUAGUGCGCAGCGAGCGCGUAGUUGUGCACGUGCGCGUGCACUAAAAUCUCUAGAGUAGAAACAGUGUCGUCGAAAAAAAUGCAAGAAAUUUACUGAAGAAUUGGAAUAAAAUGAAAUUGGAAUUAUACUGAGCAACUUUUACUGUGGGACCAAACCCGAAAUCGCGAAAAAAACAUUUGGCUGUUUCAUACAUUUUGGCUGGUCCAUUUUCUAUGGGAGGGUAAUUGUUUAUUUCGCGAUUUCGGGGUUGGUCAGAUAGUAAAAGUUGCUCAGUAUAAUCCCAAAACCGCCCUGUCAACGGGAAUGCAGUUAUUUUUUUAACCAAAGUAAUUAUCAAUAAUUCAAUCAAAAGAUGAGAUUUUUGAAACAGAACAGUGUUCACUACACCGUUUCCAAAAAUAUAAGGAAAUUAUCAAUUCGUUAACUGCAUUUGUUAACUUUAAACAUUUCUACAUUCUGCGAUAACACAGCGUUACGUAGUUUGCGUUUAGUACAGCGACAUCUAACGGCAUAUUGGGACACCUAUAUUACUUAAACCUUAUGGACUUAAAGGACUGCGCAAAGAGUAUUGUGAAUUGUAAGACUGAUGGCAAAAAGAAUAGAAAGUAUAGAGGGGUCCUGUCAUUGUAAAUUUUGUAGUCACAGUAAAUUUACUGCCAUCUAUCGACACACGACUAAAACUCAUAAUGAAAGUGUAUAUAAUUAUCGAAAAAAUGUAUAUAUAUGGGUAAAUGAUUUUAUUAUUUUUAUAUCAUUUUGAUCCAUGUUCAUUCACUGAUAUCUAUGUGUUAAAAUUGUUAAAUAUGAAACGGUGUCGUCACGCCAUCUAGCCGACCAUAGACCAAAGGUGUGUGCGCCAUCUAUCCGAGAAUGACUUUUUCUUGAUUUCCGAGGCACGUUUUUUGCUUAUUUAUUCAUCUUAUACGAAGUUACAUAUGUCUUUGCUAAAACCUUAUGGACUUAAAGGACUGCGCAAAGAUUAUUGUGAAUCGUAAGACUGACGGCAUUAUACAUAAUCAUCUGUCAAACGUAAACAAUUUGGGCUCUUUUUAGACCCACCCCAAACUAGGGUUUUCUGAGUGUUGGCGUCUUGUCCACGCUAUGGAAAAUGGUGUCGCUACGCAGUCGCGCCGACGUUGUGUCGAGCAGGAGCCGUAGAGUUGACUAAACUGCAAAACGUAAUUCAAGACCAAAAAAAGUAAGAAAUGUUGCCAUUUUUUAAUAUCGCGUCUUGUAUUUAUGUACAAAUAAGUAAAUAAAAGUACUUUUUUAAAUAGUAGGAGUAAAAUUACUAAUGAAUAAAUUAUCUUAGCGUGAUUAUUUAUCAUAAGGAAUUUAUAAUUUUUCAAACAAAUUAUUGCAGUGGCAACAUUGUCUUACUUUUUUUGGUCUUGAAUUACGUUUUGCAGUAUAGACGCCGACGCCCGGGAGACGAGACGGGAACGUGCACAUAAUAAUAUUUAGAAUAAAUACAGAAUCUAUAUCCUUAAUCAAGACGAGUAUGUAGACGAGGAUAUACCGAAGUACUAAGUGACUUAAAGGUAGGGAUUAAUUAUUCUAUCCUAACGACUCUUUGGUAGAAAUUCAAUUUCCAAAACAAUACCAGGAUUCAAUUACUGUACUAUUAGAAAUGGGAUGGGAGGGAUGCAGGAUUAUGGGGGCGCCAUAAGCCUUCAGUAAGAAGAGCAUAUACUUGGAAACAUUCGACCUAUGCAGCUGUGGCCCGGUGGCCGAAUGGCACAGGCACCUGCCACGAUAGCAGAGGACGCUGGUUCGGUUCCUGGGGCACUGGAGGCCUUGAUCAAUUUUUCUUAGUGUAUGACAUUUAUUACAGUUAAUUGACUUUAAACCUUAUUCCUACGAGAUAAGGUCUACCAAAUUGUCAGUUCAGUGUGAUGCUGUUAGUGCUAUGAAACAGUUUAUUAUAGCUUAAGAGAUAUGUUAUGUCGAUAAUAUUAUAUUCAAUUGUCAGAUUUAUAACGAACUGAUUAACCUUUUCGACGCCGUGUCAAACACAUAAGCAGUCACUCGGACGCCACGUCACCGAAGUGUCAAAACUGAAAUUGAACUUUAUGCAUAAGCACGUAGGUCUAUGUUGCUCUGUGGUCUAUGACCGAUUAAUCCGUCUUUGGCGUUGGACCUGCGGUGCGGAUAUAUCGGUCAUUGGCGGCCAAAAAGUUAACACGCUUUAUUACAAAUGUGCUGGUUGCAACAAGUUUCCACGUCUGAUAAAUUUCAUAGGAAUUAAAGUUUCUAUCUUGGGAAUGUCUGCAUGAGAUGAUUCCAUUGAUGUGGAAAGUUUAGCUGUAUUGAAAACGUGGCACAUUAGUAGUUAAGCUCUUGGGCUUAUAUUAUGUGUGUGAUGAUUUGAUGAAUAGUAUUUUGAUUGUUUUUAGUGUUUACUUUUAGGGUGGGAAAAUAUUAUUUGCUGUAAAUAUAUGUGUCGGGGAUGUCGGCAUAUUUGUUUGUGCAUCAUUAUAUAUCAACCCCUUUCAGACAGCACCAAUAUAGAGUCAGACCAAGAUAACUCAGCAGACGUAGAUAAACGUCAAACUUCUAUGAAAUUAUGAUAUUUAAAUAACACUUGUACAGUCUGUGCUAUCAAAUUCGCUGCCGAGUUAGUUUGGUGUGACUCUAAAAUAGAAGACAUAUCGCUGGCCCAAUAUUACAGGGUUCUAUGUUGCACUUUUAUCGAACUGAAAUUUGAAUAUUGUCAUAGUGACAUUGAGUCGAAUUUCAACUAUCUUGAAAAUGUAACAUUAAAACCCUGUAAUAUUGGGCCAGCGAUAUUUAAAAUAGUUAAGCAUUUCCAGAGACGAAGCCCAAUCUCAUUUGGACUUUAAUUAGUAAGUAAUACUAAAGUUGAAAUACCGUUUAAAUGUUUGAGAUGGUUAAAUAGUUCUGCAUGAAAAAGCGUUAAAAUAAAAUAGCGUAAGUGGCAACUUUUAAGACCCCUUUUCACAUUGAAAGGCACAUAUUUGUCCAUUAGGUUAAAAUAUUAUUUGAUUGUUUUCUGAUUUAAUUAUUUUUGUAUUUGACAACUAUCCCACAAACAUGUAAAGAUGUAUAAAAUGUAUUUAUAUAGUGAGAAACGAUCUCAGCAAUCUUUAGUAAUAAAAUAAUAAUCGUGUAAUAAAUUACCUAUAUAUGAAAUUAUAAAAAUAGCUGGUUUUUAAUAAUCAUAGUAAUAUCCAUUUUGUUUCCAACUUUGUUUAUUCUUACAUACUUAUAAUAAAAUGUUGUUUUUAGUCUGCUUUCUCCUGUUAUUGUAAAAUAAUCACACUUUU